CUGCCCCUCUGACCGAUCACAGUACAAAUAGGCUCCUGGAUUCUCGGUGCUGUCACAUUAACGCGGAUGCAGGGGUGCCUACGUUACUCCCUGAAACAUGAGGCUCCUCCUGGCCAUCGUCGCCUUCACCCUGCAAUUCCACACCAGCAACAGCCAGAACUCUGUGGCCAGUUACACAGGCCCAAGCGUGCGCCUGUCCAGUGGUCCCAACAACUGCACCGGACGAGUGGAGGUGUACCUGUCGGGGUACUGGGGCACGGUGUGCGAUUACGGCUGGAACCUUCCGGACGCGCAGGUGGUGUGCAGGGAGCUGGGAUGCGGGCAUGCACAGUCCGCCAGUCUCCCCUGGUACUGGUACUGGUACUGGUACCUGAUAGGUUCCGGAGCUCCGGUGUUAAUGAAUGGAGUGGCCUGCAUGGGAAAUGAAACUUCUCUCCACGACUGCCCCAGGGCCACCCCGCCGUCCCAGUGGUGGUGCUCACAGCUGUACCCCCCUGCUGUUGAAUGCACCGGACCGGGAUCAAGUGCAGAACUAAAUGUGACGAUGGCGAGAGUAGUGGGCGGGAGCAGUAACUGCGCGGGGAGGCUGGAGGUGUACAAGGGUGGCCAAUGGGGCGCGGUGUGUGGGGACUACUGGGACCUGAACGAUGCCGUGGUGGCGUGUCGGCAGUUGGGCUGCGCGGCUCCCGACCCAGGAAUGCCCGCCUCGAUCUUCGGUAACGGCUACGGCGUGAUUCUCCUGGACGACGUGCAAUGCACUGGCAACGAGUCGUCUCUCUUCGACUGCCCAUCUCGAGGGUUGGGCGUACACAACUGUGAUCACACCAAUGACGUCAGCGUUUCCUGCACAGGUUCAAACCCAGAUGAAUACAAUGGAACUCGCGUCAGAUUGGUAGACGGGGCGGACCAGUGUCAAGGCCGGGUGGAGGUGUACCAGGCGGGACACUGGGGAACAGUAUGUCAGGAUAACUGGGACAUGGUAGACGCUACGGUGGUCUGCAGAGAGCUGGGCUGUGGGGUGCCUCUGGGUGCUAUGCUGUACGCUCACUUUGGCCAGGGCACCGGAUUCAUCUUCCUGGAUGACGUGCACUGCACUGGGAGUGAGCAGUCACUGCUCGACUGUCCGUCUAACGGACUGGGCUCCCACAACUGUUACCACUAUUUAGAUGCUGGGGUCGUAUGUGCAGGUGUGAACACAACAGAAUACAACGGCACUCGCGUGAGGCUGGUGGACGGGGCGAACGAGUGUCAAGGUCGGGUGGAGGUGGAGUACGCAGGACACUGGGGGACGGUGUGCGAUGAUUCCUGGGAUAUGGCAGAUGCUACGGUGGUCUGCAGAGAGCUGGGCUGUGGGGUGGCUCUGGGUGCCUUGAUGUACGCUCAGUUUGGUCAGGGCACCGGACUCAUCUUCCUGGAUGACCUGCACUGCACUGGGAGUGAGCAGUCACUGCUCGACUGUCAGUCUAAUGGACUGGGCUCCCACAACUGCGUUCACUAUGAAGAUGCCGCCGUCAUAUGUGCAGGUGUGAACACAACAGAAUACAACGGCACUCGCGUGAGGCUGGUGGACGGGGCGAACGAGUGUCAAGGUCGGGUGGAGGUGGAGUACGCAGGACACUGGGGGACGGUGUGCGAUGAUUCCUGGGAUAUGGCAGAUGCUACGGUGGUCUGCAGAGAGCUGGGCUGUGGGGUGGCUCUGGGUGCCUUGAUGUACGCUCAGUUUGGUCAGGGCACCGGCUUCAUCUUCCUGGAUGACCUGCGCUGCACUGGGAGUGAGCAGUCACUGCUCGACUGUCAGUCUAACGGAGUGGGCUCCCACAACUGCGCUCACUAUGAAGAUGCCGCCGUCAUAUGUGCAGGUGUAAACACAACAGAAUACAACGGCACUCGCGUGAGGGUGGUGGACGGAGCUCACUACUGUGAGGGUCGGGUGGAGGUCCACUACGCAGGAUACUGGGGGACGGUGUGCGAUGAUUCCUGGGACAUGGCCGAUGCUCAGGUGGUCUGCAGAGAGCUGGGCUGUGGAGCUGCUGUAUCUGCUUUGCAAUUCGCUCAGUUUGGCCAGGGCACCGGACUCAUCUUCCUGGAUGACCUGCGCUGCACUGGGAGUGAGCAGUCACUGCUCGACUGUCCGUCUAACGGACUGGGCUCCCACAACUGCGCUCACUAUGAAGAUGCCGGCGUCAUAUGUGCAGAUCCAAACAUGGGUCCGAAGGUGCGUCUGGUGUCGGGGCGGAACAGGUGUGCGGGGCGGGUGGAGUUCCGUUACUAUGGCAGCUGGGGGACGGUGUGCGACGACGGCUGGGACCUGGACGACGGUCACGUGGUGUGCAGAGAGCUGGGGUGCGGCCGCGCCCUGUCCGCCCUGGGGGGUGCGGCCUUUGGCCCGGGCCGGGGGCCCAUUCUGCUGCACGACCUCCAUUGCUAUGGCAACGAGAGCACGCUGCAGGGCUGCGAGCCGGAGAUCGGAAUGGCCAGUCACUGCCACCACGACCAGGACGCUAGUGUCGUCUGCUCAGAGGGUUCCACGGUCCAGCUGGUAAACGGGCCUCACCGCUGCGCGGGACGAGUGGAGGUGCGUGUGGGGGACAGGUGGGGCACCGUGUGCGACGACUACUGGGACAUGCGCGACGCCCACGUGGUGUGCCGGGAGCUGGGGUGCGGGUACCCGCUGUUCGCCCCGCUCUGGGCCGCUUUCGGACAGGGCGCAGGGUUCAUAGCCCUGGACGACGUGGCGUGCCUGGGGUCGGAGACGUCGCUGCUGAGUUGCGGGCACCCGGGGCUCGGCCAGCACAACUGCUUCCACUACGAGGACGCCAGCGUAGUCUGCUCAGAGGCAGCAGAGGAACCUGAAGUCUACAUGGGCCCCCGCGUGCGUCUGGCCGGUGGGCAGGACGACUGCUCCGGGCGGGUGGAGGUGUACUAUUCGGGAAUGUGGGGGACGGUGUGCGACCACGACUGGGACCUGAACGAUGCCAUGGUGGUGUGCCAGGAGCUGGGCUGCGGGCGCGCCCGCCGGGCCCUCCCCUUCCACUACUUCGGAAUGGGGGAGGGGCUCAUCCUGCUGGACCACGUGAGUUGCCUGGGCAACGAGACGUCGCUGCUGUCCUGCUCGGCCGCGCAGAUGGGGCUCCACGACUGCCACCACCUGGAGGACGCCAGCGUCAUCUGCUCCGGCCGGACCUCGGUGCGCUUGGUCGGUGGCGGCAGCCAGUGUGCGGGGCGUGUGGAGGUGCACCACAACGGAACGUGGGGCACGGUGUGUGACCACGGCUGGGGCCUGGCCAACGCCGGCGUGGUGUGCCGGGAGCUGGGCUGCGGGCGGGCGCGCAUAGCGCCCGGCGGCGCCAUCUUCGGGCCGGGCGCGGGCCCGAUCUGGCUGGACGACGUGUCCUGCGCCGGCACCGAGCGGCACCUGACCGACUGCGCCAACCGGGGCUUCGGGAACCACAACUGCAACCACGGCAACGACGCGUCGGUGGUCUGCUCCGGGUAAGACAAAUGAAAGAUCUUCACAGUCAUUUUCCUCCUAAUCAGUGGAGAGAGGGAGACGCCGGUCCCAUGCCCUCCCGACGCUGCGGUGCUGGUGCCAAUACCCCGUCCUCGCUGCAUUUAAUCAAGAGCCAGCUGUCUAUCAAAGUCUCUCACUCUUUAAUUAUGCAUGUAAGCAAACUGUCUGAAAGCCUCAUAAAGAAUCAUCCUGUCUCAGCCCUGUCUUCAUAAGCGACCCGUGUGUGAUUUGCACUUCCCGCGAUUAAAUUACCACUGCGUGUGGAACAAUCUGGUGAA